UCUUUUUCUGGCGUCCCUUUUUACCCUUCCCGCUGAUAUCAGUGGCGUAUAUAAAGGAGUUGGUGGAUCUCGGGCUCAUGCAACAGAGCGCCAUGAAGACUUGUUGGUUCCUGUCGCUCUUCCUCCUCGCCUCCGGGCAGGACACCUGUGACCUCGGCUGCCCCUACAUCUACGACCCCGUGUGCGGCUCCGACGGGGUCACGUACGCCAACCUGUGCGACCUCCAGCUCGCCGACUGCCUCAGCGACGCAGACAUAGCGCCGGCCCACCCCGGCGAGUGCAAGGCCGACUGCGACCUGGCCUGCCCCGCCAACUACGACCCCGUGUGCGGCUCCGACGGGGUCACGUACCCCAACCUGUGCGGCCUCCAGCUCGCCGACUGCCUCAGCGACGCAGACAUAGCGCUGGCCCACCCCGGCGAGUGCAAGGCCGACUGCGACCUGGCCUGCCCCGCCAACUACGACCCCGUGUGCGGCUCCGACGGGGUCACGUACCCCAACCUGUGCGGCCUCCAGCUCGCCGACUGCCUCAGCGACGCAGACAUAGCGCUGGCACACCAGGGAGAGUGCAAGGCGAGGCGGGAGGCGUGUGACCUCGUCUGCCCCGCCAACUACGACCCCGUGUGCGGCUCCGACGGGGUCACGUACUCCAACCUGUGCAACUUGCAAGUAGCCGACUGCCUCACUGAGGACGACAUCACGCUGGUCAACCCCGGCGAGUGCAACGCCGACUGCGACCUCGGCUGCCCCUACAUCUACGACCCCGUGUGCGGCUCCGACGGGGUCACGUACCCCAACCUGUGCGACCUCCAGCUCGCCGACUGCCUCAGCGACGCAGACAUAGCGCUGGCACACACGGGAGCUUGUUGACAUAUGAAGGGAAGGUCGUCGCAUCAGCGCACAAAAUUGCAUUUGUCAGUCAGUGAAAGUGACAGUAAUGAAAAUGGAGAAAUAUAGACGACUGUUUCGCCAGUGCGUCGCCAAUUCGUAAUGUGCGAAAAGUGUUGCGAACUGUUUUGCAAGAUGAAAAUCGAUAGGCUGUGGGGAGCGAAAUUCUACUUUCGAUUCAACAGCCGUCAAAAGUUGUUAUUUGUAUUAACUUUAAUUAAAUAAAUAGGUCUAUUUAA